AUGAUGGAAAACUUCAAACCAAGAAUUUCCGCGGCCAAUGCAGUACCCAGAGUGACCGGCGGUAUCACGAUGCUCCAAUGCUCGCUUUUCGUACUUACGCUCUUAUCCAUAUCUGUUAAAGAUAUCACUGGUAGUUGGGAGGAAUGGUGGACAUACGACGGAAUAUCAGGUCCAGGAUUUUGGGGGCUAAUAAAUCCGCAAUGGAGUAUGUGCAACAAGGGAAGGCGACAAAGCCCCGUCAAUGUCGAACCAGAGAAGCUGCUAUUUGAUCCCUGGCUGAGGGAUAUACAGUUCGAUAAACAUAAGGUGAGCGGAAUUCUACAAAACACGGGCCAAUCUCUAGUAUUUCGGGUUGACAAGGAUUCGAAACACCAAGUGAACAUCAGCGGCGGACCACUUUCGUAUCGGUAUCAGUUCGAGGAGAUUUACUUCCACUACGGACUUGAGGAUCAUCGAGGAUCAGAGCAUCAGAUCGACCAUCACACGUUUCCUGGAGAGAUUCAACUUUACGGUUUCAAUAAGGAACUAUACCAUAAUAUGUCCGAAGCACAACAUAAAUCUCAAGGUAUUGUUGGAAUUUCCCUUAUGGUUCAAAUUGGUGAACCGAUAAAUAAAGAUUUGAGAUUGAUAACUAGCGCCUUUAGCAACGUACGAUUUAGAGGAAGCUCCUUCCCCAUAAAUCAUUUACCACUGAGUUCUCUGCUACCUGAUACUCAACAAUAUCUAACAUACGAAGGCUCAACCACGCAUCCUGGGUGUUGGGAGACUGCUGUAUGGAUUAUUUUUAACAAACCUAUUUACAUCUCAAAGCAAGAGAUGUACGCAAUUCGCCGGCUAAUGCAAGGCUCGCAAAUAUCUCCCAAGGCUCCUUUGGGUAAUAAUGCGAGGCCAGUGCAGCCACUGCAUCACCGUACCGUCAGGACCAAUAUUAAUUUCAAUAGACAGGGAGUUCCGGUGUCAAGCAACUGUCCCGAUAUGUACCGCAACAUGCAUUACACCGCUACUCAAUGGCCGCGGGAACACAGCUUGCGCUACAGAAGCGCCGAAGAUAUGUCAAUGUUGCAACCUAAUUAA